AUGGCCCACCUCUACCACCGCGCGCAGCUCGGCCUGCCGAUCAAGAGGGCGAUCUGCGCCCACCAUGUUGCCAACCCGCACCUGCGACAUGUUGAUCUUUCCCGCUGGUGCUUCACUCGCUUCGGGAUUCGUCCCGACCGCAGCACCAUUGGGCGCGUGCUCAAAGGUGCCGACCGCUGGGUGCGACCUGAUGGGGCCGACGACGUGGUGCGUGUGCGCGGCGGUGCUCACCCCGAGCUCGAGCGCGCAAUGGCCCGCUGGAUCGCUAAUGCGGGCCCUGCUUGCGUGCCUCUCACUCUCGCCACCAUCCGCGACCACGUUGCGAGAAUGUUGUUCACUCACUACAUCGAGCAGCUUGAUGCUACGAUGUUUGCGGAGGGCAGGAAGAUCGUAGUGCUCCUCGAUAACGCCAGCAGCCACACGCUCACCACCGAAGGCGCCACGAUGGAAGACAUGUUCGGGUUCCGCACCGUGGCGCUCGGGAACGUGCGCCUCGUGUAUCUGCCGCCGAACACGACAUGCUUCACGCAACCUCUUGACCAGGGGCUUAUCUCCAUGGCGAAGGCGCACUACCGCCAGCACUGGCUCCGCGCAUUCACUGGCAUGUGGUGCACCGACGGGGCCACUACCGCUGCCGCUCGUUUCAAGCCGAAUUUGCGGCUCGUGCUGGAGUGGCUGUCCGAUGCUUGGAUGAACAUCGGACCGCGCGCCAUCCAGCGCUACUGGUGGCGCACGGGAUGUCUUCCUCACGUAUGGGCCUUGUCGCUCCCGCACGUGGGAGACAACAACGGCAACAACGGUCCGAACGGGGCCGUCGCCGGGAGAGGGAAUGCGGCCGACAUCGGCCUCGAUCAGGAGGUGAAUGAUGUCGGCCUCCUCAUUGACCGACUGUGCCUCGGGCCGAGCGCGAUGGCGGCCGCCGAUUUCGUCCACAUCGACGCCAACCAGCCCAACUGCGCCGAACCGGGUGAGGACCCGCUUGCGAGGGAGCCGGAGUCGGCCGCGACGGCCGCAAUGUGGGAGGCGCCUACUAACAUGCAGGCGGUCUAUGACGACUGCAACCCUACGUCGCGCGAAGCGCGGCGCACCGCGCGCGCCGCGUGCGAGAUGCUGAUUGGUUAUGCGCGUGCGACGUGCAUCAGUCCGCCCGACCUUUGCGCCCUGUUCGAUAUCCGCAACCCAAUCAUCGUUGCGAGGAUGGAGUGGGCUAGCCCGUCUCUCGAUCUCAACCACGCCCCACCUCCGGCUGUGUCUCAUGCGGACACCCCGCCGCUUGAGACUCCUCGUCGCCGUGGUCGGGUGCUUCCGGCGUGGAUGCAUGUGCCCACUCCAGACUGGGUGGCGCAGUCUGCCCGCCGCCAGGAGCUUAUUGAUGCCGGUGCACCUGCAGUGAUGAGCGGUUACCUCGCAGCCGCAGAGUGGAUGCCGCUGUGA